AUGGGUUUGAAUGAUAUAGGAGCAAAGUUGCCACCAGGGUUUAGAUUCUACCCAAGUGAUGAAGAGUUGGUUUGCCACUAUCUUUACAAGAAGAUUGCUAAUGAAGAUGUUCUUAAGGGUACUCUUGUGGAAAUUGAUCUUCAUAUUUGUGAGCCAUGGCAGCUUCCUGAGGUGGCAAAACUCAAUUCGAGUGAGUGGUAUUUCUUCAGCUUUCGUGAUCGAAAGUACGCAACAGGAUACCGCACUAAUAGGGCGACGAAAUCCGGAUACUGGAAGGCUACAGGCAAAGAUAGAACAGUUAUCGAUCCGAAGACUGGUGCCCUAGUUGGGAUGAGAAAGACUCUUGUGUUUUACAAGAACAGAGCUCCGAAUGGGGUUAAAACGGGUUGGAUCAUGCACGAAUUUCGCCUCGAAAACCCUAAUAUUCCUCCCAAGGAAGAUUGGGUGUUAUGUAGAGUAUUUUACAAAGCAAAAGGAGAGAAYAGCAACGAAUUUAACCCACAAAACAACAUAAUAAAUAGCUAUAUUGCUUCACCAAAUACAGACACUACAUAUCCUCCCACCACCAGUGAUGAUAACCACCCACCGUCUUGUGGUUGCUACCACCAAAUCACCACCAAUUCCUCCCAUCAAAAUCCACCCUUCCACCACCACAACCACCAUCACCAAUACGACUAUAACCAUCCUUCUUUUCCGCAAUUCUCCAGCCUGAAAGAAUCUACAAACCAAACWACUGUCGUAUGCUCGAACAUCAAGUGUGAUCAGAAUGAUCAGGAAUCUGGGUUGUUUUCUGAUUUUGGUUUCGAAUUUGGAAUCCCUUCCCCAAUUGGAUUUGCAGAUGGUGAUAAUGAAGACAAUGGCAUAGUGUUCUUCUAGUACUACUUGAUUAUGUUGAUCAAGUAUUAGGUAUAGG